AUGAAUAAAAAUGGUGAAUUCCAUGGUACUGAAGAAAUCCAAAAAUCAAAAUUAAAUGUUUAUUUCAAUGAAGCUGCAUCAGGUAAAUACGUUCCACGUUCUGUUAACGUUGAUUUAGAACCAGGUACUAUCGAUGCCGUUAAAACUUCAAACAUCGGUAACUUAUUCAGACCAGAUAACUUUGUCUAUGGUCAAUCUUCAGCUGGUAACGUUUGGGCUAAAGGUCAUUACACUGAAGGUGCAGAAUUAGUUGAUUCAGUUUUAGAUAUCGUUAGAAGAGAAGCUGAAGGUUGUGAUUCUUUACAAGGUUUCCAAAUUACACAUUCUUUAGGUGGUGGUACCGGUUCAGGUAUGGGUACCCUUUUAAUUAGUAAAAUUAGAGAAGAAUUCCCAGAUAGAAUGAUGGCUACUUUUUCAGUUAUGCCAUCUCCAAAAGUUAGUGAUACUGUUGUUGAACCUUAUAAUGCUACAUUAUCUGUCCAUCAAUUAGUUGAAAACUCUGAUGAAACUUUCUGUAUUGAUAAUGAAGCUUUAUAUGAUAUCUGUAUGAACACUUUGAAAAAACCACAACCAUCUUAUGAUGAUUUAAACCAUUUGGUCAGUUCAGUUAUGUCAGGUGUUACUACUUCUUUACGUUACCCAGGUCAAUUAAACUCAGAUUUAAGAAAAUUAGCUGUCAAUUUAGUCCCAUUCCCAAGAUUACAUUUCUUCAUGGUUGGUUAUGCUCCAUUAACUUCAUUAGGUGCUAAAUCAUUCAGAUCAUUAAGUGUUCCAGAAUUAACCCAACAAAUGUUCGACUCCAAGAACAUGAUGGCUGCUUCUGAUCCAAGAAAUGGUAGAUACUUAACUGUUGCUGCAUUCUUCAGAGGUAAGGUUUCAGUUAAAGAAGUUGAAGAUGAAAUGUACAAAGUCCAAACUAAAAACUCAUCAUACUUUGUUGAAUGGAUUCCAAACAACGUCCAAACCGCUAUUUGUUCAGUUCCUCCACAAGAUUUAGAUAUGUCAGCUACCUUCAUUGGUAACUCUACUUCUAUUCAAGAAUUAUUCAAGAGAGUUGGUGAUCAAUUCAGUGCUAUGUUUAGAAAGAAAGCUUUCUUGCAUUGGUAUACCACUGAAGGUAUGGAUGAAAUGGAAUUCACUGAAGCUGAAUCAAACAUGAAUGAUUUAGUCAGUGAAUACCAACAAUAUCAAGAUGCUACUAUUGAUGAUGAAGAAGAAUUGGAAUAUGCUGAAGAACAAUCAUUAGAUGAAGUUCUUGAAUAA